ACACUAAUCUAUUUUGCAUACCAGACUACAGUACAAGAUCUCACAUCAACAGAGAGAUUCGACACAAGUUAGGAAACUGAUUGUAUGGAGCUUGCUCUGGUUUUUCAGCAGAAGGAAAGUGUUUUGAGGAUUCCCUCUUGACAGAAACCUAAAGACUCAAUGGCAAUAAAUCAACAGUGUCUUCGGAGAGAAUGGAGAAGUUCAUGGAGAUCAAGAGAGGAUGACAAUAUGAGCAGAGACAAAGGAUGGAUGGAUGUGAGUGAAGAAGAGGAGGGUGAGGAGAAUCCAGGGGAGAAAGAUGAGCGGACAGAGGAGGGUCCAAAAGAGCUGCAAGUAAAGGAUAAAGGAUGUUGUGUUAGUUCUCCUUUUACGCCUGCAAAUAGUGACAGUGUUUUUGCUAUGUGUACAAAAAAAGCCAGUGAUGAAGAGGAUGUCAAUCUAUAUGACGACAACAAUAAUACUGAUACAGAAUGCAGUAGUAGUUUUGCUGCAUCUGCAAGCAGUGACGGUUUAACUGCUGCAUGCACAAAUAAUGAAAAUGCUGGCGAUGAAGAUUAUGCUGAUAAAUAUGAUGACAAAAAUACUGAUGAAGAACAUAGUAACAGUUUACCUGUUGCAUUUGCAAACAGUGGCUGUUUAGUGGCUGCAAUAAAUAACGAUAAAACCAGUGAUGACAAUGAUGCUAAUGAAAAUGAUGACAAGGAAUUGAUUGCUAAUUUUACUGUAACAUCUGCAAACAGUGAAGAUUUAGUUGCUUCCCUUACAAAUAAUGCUAAAGUCAGUGAUGAAAAGAGUGGAUAUAAUAUACGACAUUAUGUCGACAUCAACGGCAAUGAAGAAUAUAUUAAGAGUUCAGCUGUUACUUCUACAAAUGGAGAGAGUUCAGUUGCUGUGUGUGCACAAAAUGAUAAAAUUACUGAUAAAAAUUACGAUGAAUAUGACAAUGAUAAUGAAAAUGACUGUUUUGCUACUGCCUCCAUCAAUACCAAUGAAAUUGGUAGUUCUGUAACAGACUUAACAUUUGGAGGUAUAACACCUAGAGAUGAAAAGCAGCGCAUGAAGGACUCCAGUUCUGAACAGGAACUCAUAAAUCAAGAGUUAGAGGAGGAGGAGGAGGAUUAUGACGAUGAUGAUGAUGAAUAUGAUGGAAGUAGCAGUUUUGAAGAUUCUGAAGUUGAGGACUGCGAUAUGUAUCCCAAAAAGCUAUACUCUGAUCCAGCUUACCCAGGUGCGGUCUUCCAGGCUCUGCAGAACAUGAUGUUGUAUUCGGUCCUCACUGACUUAACUCUCUUCACAGAAGACGGAUACCAAUUCCAAGUUCAUUCUUUUGUUUUGGCUGCAGUCAGUUACCUUAUUCAGACGAGAAUCAGACAGAAGCCCAAACAAGAAGAGUUUAUCUCCUUGUGUUUGGGUCCUGAGGUUCAUGGAUCGGGGUUGGCAGCAGUGGUGGAGUUCGCCUAUACAGGGAACAUUGGCAAUCUGAACAAAGACAAUACAGAAUGGAUUUGGUCUGCAGCGGUCAGCCUGGAAGCUCCGAGAAUUCUGGAACUCUGCAAAGAGGAGGAAGAGAGAGAAGAGGAUGAGGCAAAAGGGAAGAAAGUGGACAGAGAAGAGAUUUCUGCUGAGGAACAUAUGAAAAUGAGUCUACAGCAUAUCAGACAGAUGUGGACACAAAGAAUUGGAUGUGAUGUGGAGCUUGAAGUGGAAGGAAGAGUGUUUCAUGCUCACCGGGCACUCUUGGCUGCCGGCAGCGACUACUUCAGAGGCAUGUUUACCAGCGGUAUGAAGGAGAGCCGACAGGAACUGGUGUCUCUGCUCUUAGUUGAGGCUGCCAAGUUUGAAGCCCUCCUGCACUACACCUACAGUGGGGCUCUUACUCUCGGAUGGGGCUGUGUGUUUGACCUCACCUGUACAUCUCUUCAAUUACAGUUUCAUACUGCCUUCUCACUAUGCCUUAACUUCCUGCAACAAGAAAUAGAUGCUUACAGCUGCUUGGAUGUAGCUUCGUUCGCAGAGGCCUAUGGGAUGGCAGACUUACUUGUGCUGGCCAAUGACUUUGUCUUGAGGCACUUUCAAGACGUGUCCAUCACUCCAAAGUUCCAAGAUCUUCCUGUAGAGAAACUGAAGAAGUACCUUCAAAGUGAUUCUCUCUGUGUUCCCUCGGAGUUGCCCGUGUUCAAAGCAGUCAUGUCUUGGAUCGAAGCCUUUCCCAGAGAACGAGUGAAACUCGCCAGGGAGCUGAUGGGAACCGUCCAGUUUCCCUUAAUGACCUUUAAGGAGUUUAAAGAAGUCAAGUCCAUAACAUCUUGGUCGAGAAUUGGUGCCAAAAAUCUAUACGAUUCUCUUCUUGAAGAGUUCUGUUCCAGUUCUACAGAUGUUCAGUCGAAUUUCAGGGCCUACAUGCCUAAAGACACUCUAGUACUUGUUGGGGGUGAGAGGAUCACUGAUGAUUUUGAUAAACGUAGACCCUGUAGGGAAAUGUGGUUUAGCAAUUCCUUGCAGAACCACGUUGGAUUGGUAAAGAAAGUAGAGUGGAGAAUUUUGGGAACCUUACCUGAGAAACCAAGAUUCAGUCAUGGAGUUGGGGUAAUGAGGGGCAAGCUUUACAUAGUUGGUGGACGGCAUUAUUACGGCAAAGCUGAUACCAUGAAUUGUACCUACAGGUAUGAUCCCAUCCAAAACUCUUGGCAACGGUUGGCCGAUAUGCAUGAGCCAAGAGGCAGCUUCACUCUAGUGGUCCUGAAUGGUAAAAUAUAUGCUAUUGGUGGAGAGAGAGACUCGGAGGUCAAUAUGGAGAGUGUUGAGGCUUACUGCCCCGACACAAAUACUUGGAGUUUUGUUCACCCAUUAAACCAAGCUAUAUGCUGUCAUGCAGCCAGUGUAUGGAAUGGUACGAUUUUCCUAUCAGGAGGCUUGAACAGCCAGUAUCAAUGCCUGUCAUCCAUGACCUCUUACCACCCAGAACGAGGAUCCACUAACCUGGCUAUGAUGACACAUGACAGAGCCCUGCACUGCAUGGAGACCCUAGGUGACCGUCUAUACGUGGCAGGAGGGGUUUCAUGUGAUGCUGAUGGCCAUCUGGUAGAUCAAUUAGCCUGUGAGGUCUAUGACCUUGUGGCCAACUCCUGGAGUGCCAUUAUGCCCUUCCCAGUGCCUCAUGUUGGGUCAGCAUCAGCGGUCUUAGAGGGGAAGGUCUACGUCAUCGGAGGCUACUGCCAGGAUGACUACAGUGAUACCAAAACAGUGCACCGCUAUGAUCCUGCAACAGAACGCUGGGAGAACAUGAGCGUGACACCAGGCCCGAAUACAUACAUAGCUGCCUGUGUGUUGCCCAUACCUGCUCAUCUUAGACAAUAAGAGGGAAAUACCUUGAAUAUAAUACAAUGUCCUUAAUUAUUCACUCUUAAAAAUAAAGGUGCUUCACGAUGCCAUAGAAGAACCUUUUUUGUUUAAAUGGUUCCAUAAAGAACAAAAGAAAGUUCUUCAGAUUAUAUAAUGGCAAUAAAGAGAUGGUUCUUUAAAGAACAUUGGACUGAAUGGUUUUUUAUUGAACCAAAAAUGGUUCUUACAUGGCAUCGUUGUAAAGAACCUUUUAAAGCACCUUUAUUUUUAAGAGUGUUGCAUUGUACAUUGUUUCCACCUCAUGGCAAGAUGAAAAACCAUAUUCAAAUUAAAAAAAAAAAAAAAAAAAAAAAAAAAAAAAAA